AAUAAAAAGAACAACAGAAAGAUGACAAUUAUGGUAUAAAAAUAAAAUUUAAACAUUAAAAAUUAAAAAUCAGUUGCUUUUCUGCUGACAUUUUUUGAGGUUUUACCUUUUAAGGAUAAAUUUUAGCAGGAAUUUUUUUUUUUUUUUAAGUAGGAUACAAAUUUGUAUUUUAGGUGAGAAAGUGGGGCCUAGACUUACGGCGGCUCCGGCGACCAACUGUGUCGGUGGCUCUACUCAAGUCGUCCUUGAUGAAACCUUUUGGUCAUGGCGAGCAGAUCACUGAAAAAGAAAUCCAAUAAACGAUUUAAUAAUAACUCCAAUCCCAAUCCCUCUACGUCGUCGUUUUCAUCAUCAUCUUCUUCUUCUUCUUCACGCAUGGAUUCUUCUCAUUUGGCUCGAUUCAGGUACAGAAGAACCACUGCAGCUGUCUUAAUCUUUCUUAUUGUUUGUGGUUUGGUCGCCUUAAGCAUUUCGUCCGACAUAUGGCAUAAGAUCGUCCGACCUGUUGAUUACUGGCCCGAUAUUUACACCAUUGAAGUUCUAAACGAGUUUCCUCAUGAUCCUGGUGCCUUUACGCAGGGCCUUCUGUAUGUUGACGAUGAUACUUUGUAUGAGUCAACUGGUCUUUAUGGAAAGUCAUCUGUUCGGAGAGUAGCUCUCAAGACUGGGAAGGUUGAGGCUUUCCAGGAGAUGGAUGAUUCGUAUUUCGGGGAGGGCUUAACUCUUUUUGGGGAAAGGCUAUUCCAAGUAACUUGGUUGAGGCAAAAAGGUUUCAUAUAUGACCAAUAUAAUUUAAGCAAAGUUCAGGAAUUUAAUCAUCAGAUGAAAGAUGGUUGGGGACUUGCUACUGAUGGAAAAGUUCUAUUUGGAAGUGAUGGUUCUUCAACAUUGUACCAAAUUGACCCUCAAACAUUUAAAGUUAUCAGAAAAAAUAUUGUCAAAUAUAAAGGUAGAGAAAUACGGAGCCUCAAUGAACUAGAGUUCAUAAAUGGUGAAGUCUGGGCAAAUGUUUGGAUGACUGACUGUGUUGCUAGAAUCUCACCUGAGGAUGGUCUGGUGCUUGGAUGGAUUUUGCUUCCCAAUUUAAGGAAAGGUUUGAUAGCGGCUGGAAAGACUGGUAUUGAUGUUUUGAAUGGCAUAGCAUGGGAUCGUAACAGAAGCCGCAUUUUUGUUACGGGAAAACUAUGGCCAAAGCUUUAUGAAAUCAAAUUGCGUCCGAUGAAGAGGACACAGCAGGGCGACGAUGCCCGUAUCAUUGAGCAGCUUUGCCUGUUGAAUGGGCGAAUAUAGAGAUUUCAGUUUGGCAUCGGAAAGGACGGAGGGAGAGGGAUCAACAGAUGCUUAACCCUCCUUAGUUUUAAAAAUUUUCAAAUGUAAGUGGACUAUUUUGUUGUUAUUCCAACAUAGACCUUCCCCUACUUUUAAUUUUUAUUCUUCCGUGAUCUCGUACAUUUCA